AUGCUAAGCUCACUCGGAAUACUUUAUCUCAUAAUAUAUUCUACACCAAGUGGAUUUCAAUACAACUUUAAGUUAACUCGUAAGGAAGGCGAUGACAUCAGUUAUGCUAAAAAAUCAAUGGAUAUUAAGAUUCUUGAUAUUAUUGGUAUAUUGUUGAUGGUCUUGCCAAUAGCAAUACAAUUGCCAUUAGCAGCUUUUGCUG